AAACAUGAGGGAUUGAACGAACGGUUUGAAAUAUUUUGCGGUAUUUCACUCUUGAUUGGGUGGAAAAUGGGCUGCUUUUCAUGCUUUGAUUCCAAGGAGGAGCAGCAUCUUAAUCCGAGAAAAGAGGGGGAUGUCAAGAAGGAAGCCCAGCCAACAGUGAACUCCAAUGUUUCUCGAUUAGCUUCUGGAGCCGACCGACUGAGAUCAAGAAGUAAUAUAGGGUUGAGAAGGGAAUCAUCGAGUCCAAAGGAUGUGCCUGAUGUUCAUAUCGCCGCUCAUACAUUUGCCUUUCGGGAGCUUGCUGCUGCAACAAAGAAUUUCAGGCCAGAGUCCCUCAUAGGGGAGGGAGGAUUUGGGCGAGUUUACAAAGGGUGCCUCGAGAGCACGGGUCAGGUUGUGGCAGUGAAACAGCUAGACAGAAAUGGUCUGCAGGGCAACAGAGAAUUUUUGGUUGAGGUUCUCAUGCUUAGCCUUCUACAUCACUCAAACUUGGUCAAUUUAAUUGGUUACUGUGCGGAUGGUGACCAGAGGCUUCUUAUCUAUGAGUUUAUGCCACUGGGAUCGUUGGAAGAUCAUCUUCUGGAUCUUCCACCUGAUGAAGAACCGCUUGACUGGAACACGAGAAUGAAGAUUGCAGCUGGUGCAGCAAAAGGGUUGGAAUACCUGCAUGACAAAGCAAAUCCUCCUGUUAUCUACAGGGACUUCAAGUCAUCCAAUAUACUAUUGGAUGAAGAGUUCCACCCGAAGCUGUCUGAUUUUGGGCUUGCAAAGCUUGGUCCAGUCGGGGAUAAGUCACAUGUCUCCACCAGGGUCAUGGGCACUUAUGGUUAUUGUGCUCCUGAGUAUGCCAUGACUGGACAACUGACAGUGAAGUCUGAUGUCUACAGUUUUGGGGUUGUCUUAUUGGAGUUAAUUACUGGACGUAGAGCAAUUGAUAGUACCCAAGCCCGUGGAGAAGAGAACCUUGUUGCAUGGGCACGCCCCUUUUUCAAUGACCGCCGGAAGUUUUCAAAACUGGCAGACCCUCGGUUAAAAGGUCGAUACCCAAUGCGUGGGCUUUACCAAGCACUGGCUGUGGCAUCGAUGUGUAUCCAAGAAGAGGCUGCUACCCGCCCACUUGUUGCUGAUGUGGUAACCGCCCUGUCCUACUUGGCAUCCCAAACAUACGACACCAAUGCACAUCCUCCUCCCAGCUACAGAGGUGGGGAUGAGAGAAGAAACAGAGGUGGGACAGACAAGGAUGAGAGGGGUGGAAGAGUUGGCAAGAAUGAUGAUGGGGGAGGAUCCGGAAAUAGGUGGGAUUUAGAGGGAUCAGAGAAGGAGGACUCACCGAGGGAAACAGUGAGAGUGUUGAACAGGGAUUUGGAUAGAGAGAGAGCAGUUGCAGAGGCCAAAACAUGGGGAGAGAACUGGCGAGAAAAAAGGAGGCAAAGAGCACAAGGUAGUUUUGAUAGUGCAAAUGGGUAGAGUAUGCAUGAUAAAUCUCCCACCAUGGGUCUGUCCAUGCUUUCUUACCAUAGCGAGUGGGAAACUUGUGGGACUAAGUUUUAUUGGAGGACUUCAACCACAAAAAGCAUUUCUUAGCUUUAUCACCCCCUGCUCAAAACACCUCAGUGAAAGGGAAAAAAAGAACAUCAUUGAGAAGAGUCUUGUAACUUUCACCUUUGCAAGUUUGGAUGGCCUAACCCAUCAAGUGUUGUGAAAGAUUGAAGGAAUUUUAGGACUAAACUAUGCCCCGUCCAUAUGUGUAUGCUGAUUGGAAUCCUGUGUCUGAAAAUAUUUCGCU